CUCCCUGUUCAGCUCAACACAACAACUGAGCCAGACACACACCACUGCUGCAGCUGCAGGAGAACCAGAGGAGGAGCAGAGGAGAACCAGAGGAGAACCAAAGGAAGACAGGAGAAGCUGCGGUUGGGGAUCUGUCUUCAUGUAGCAGGAUGAGGUGGUGGCUGGUGGGGGUCGGUCUGUGGCUGACGGUGGUCCUGGUCGUUCCAGACGUCCAGGCCGGGGGGAGACCUCCAAACCCCCAGGGGGAAGAAGGUCACAGAGGGAAGAGGAAGAGAGAUGGAAAGGGCCGAACCAGAGAGGGACGUUCCAGACCCCUGAAGAUCAGACUGGUUCCUGGUCCUAACAUCCUAGAGAAACCAGCAGCAAACCAAGGAAGUUCUGGGUUUCUGAAAGUUUAUCGGAGCACCAAGGAUCAGCAGUCCAGCUACAGCGUUAUUCCAGUUCCCAAUGACCCCAGCGAAGCCGUCGUCCCGCUGACCCAGGAGGAGAUCCAGAAAAUCCUGUGGCGGGAGGAAGUGGAGCACCGUGAGGAGGAGGAGCGCCUAAGGAAGAAAGAUGAGGCAAGAAGAAAGAGAAGGAAGGAAAGGAAAGAGCAAGAGGAGAUACAGAGGAAGAUAGUAGAAGGCAAGAGAAGGAAGGAAGAGGAGGCUCUGAGGCUGCAGGUGGAGAAAGAGGAGGAGUGGAGGAAGCAGAUAGAGGAGGCUGAAGAAAGGAGACGUCAGGAAGAACAGAUCCAGAGAGAGGAGGAAGAGAGGAAAAAUAAAGAAAAAGAAGCAUUAGAAAAGGAAAGAAAGCUAAAGGAGGAAAUGAGGAAACAGGAGGAAAUACAGAGGAUAGAGGCAGAGGAGCGACAGAGUGAGGCAGAGGAAAAGGAGGUGUGGCUCAGAGGAGACGUGUUCCAGAUGACCCCAAAAGAACCUGACCUCCUCCCAGUUCCCAUCCCAAUACCUCCUGCAUUGACAGAGGAGCAGGAGGAGACGGAGCUAGGAGAGGAGAACCUGAUGACGAGGAGAAGUGGAGGAGCAGGUCUUCCUCUAGGCUGUGACAUCUCUGAUGUUACGUUAACCUGUGAGAAUGCCCAACUCAGACACUUUCCACCUCUGAGCAUCAGUGAGCUGAAAUCCCUCAGCCUGGAGGGUAACAACAUCACCAACAUUCCAGCAGGAGCCUUUAAUGGCAUUCCCAACCUGGAAUGGAUCAACCUAAAGAAAAACAAGCUCACCUCGGCUGGAAUCGAUGCUAACUCCUUCAAGGGUCUGAAGAUGCUGAGGCGACUGUACUUGGAUGAGAACCUCCUGGACACCAUGCCCCCUGACCUUCCACCCACUCUGCAGGAAUUGAAGAUCAAUGAGAACAAGCUCAGCAGAAUUGAUGAAAAUAGCUUCCAAGACCUGAGCAGCCUGGUGAUCCUGGAGCUAGAGGGAAACAUGCUGAGUGAAGGGAAUGUUGAUCCUAAAGCCUUCACUCCUCUAAUAGAGCUUUCCUACCUCAGACUGGGAAGGAAUCAUUUCAGAAUGGUUCCACAGGGUCUGCCCAGGUCUCUACUGGAGCUGUAUCUUGAGAACAACCUAAUUGAAGAAAUCUCGGAGACCGCUUUUAAUCAGACCAGUAACCUAAACGUAGUUUCUCUCAGACACAACAAACUGGAUGAGACCAUGAUUGCCCCAAUGGCCUGGUUCAACCACAGAAACCUGGAGUCUAUUGACCUGUCGCAUAACAAGCUGCACCUGGUCCCGUCGUUCCUGCCCAAAUCUCUGGUCCACUUGGUUCUGGUAGGAAACAGAAUUGAGAGGAUACCUGGUUUUGUCUUUGCCCACAUGGAUCCUGGUCUGGAAUACCUCUACCUGUCCUUCAACAAGCUGGAUGGAGAAGGAGUGGAACCCGAGUCAUUCUUUGGUGUUUACCACACCAUGACAGAGAUGUGUCUGGAUCACAAUCAGCUGAUCCACGUUCCUGUUGGAAUCAGUGAAAUGACCAACUUACACUUCCUCCGACUGGACAACAACCAGAUCAGGAGCAUCUCUGAUGAAAGCAUUUGCGACCCGAACCACAGCGGGGAAGCAACAUUGGUGGGAGUGAGGAUUGAGAACAACUACAUCGACCCUCAGAAGGUCUCUCCUACAGCCUUCUCCUGUGUGCGCUCUGCCUCCAGCGUAGUUUUAAAACCCCAGAAAACCAAAUAGGCUAAAUGAUGUCAGUUUGAGGCCUGAGAACACAAAGCAUUUGGAUUCCAAUCAGCCUAAAAAGAUCCUCAGAUUCUCCUGAUGGGUGGAGCGAUUAACAGGAUCAAAACUGGCCUCCAGAACACGAGGUGCAGAACAUUUAGCGUCAAAGUGGGGGUAGGGUUAAAGGAAUUUGCCUUCUGGGAACAUUCUGUCUGAUAUGUUUGGACUUCAUUUUUAUAAGAAGUGAGUAAUACUUUCUUUCACUCAGUUCUGACAUGUUGUUUUGGGUUGGGUAGGUUGCUAUGCUCAGUCCCACGGCCCAGAUGACAGAAUUCUUCCAGCCAUUAGAACCCAAACACAGCUUCCCACUUUGGUGUAAUGUUCAACUCUCUAAACUGCAGCAGAAAUUGUUAAAUACUAAUAAAGAAAUGGAAAGAAUUUGUCUGCAGUGAGACUCAGCCUCAGCACCUUCAGGUUCGCUCUGCUCCGUCUCCAGCCUGGAGAGGGGGGAACAUGUCCUUUUAACCUUAACUUCCUCUGAUGAUGCUCAGCAGAUGAGUCUCUGAGUGGUUUGAGGUCAAAGGUCGACAGAGAAAUGCUGAACAACAUGCAUCUACACAGACCCAAAGACAACAAACAAGAAGGCUUGUGGGUUCUGACACUUGUCAUUCAGAACCAGUAGAAACCAACCACUUGAGCUACAGACGCUCGUCAUUUGGAUCAGAACAUAGUCGGACUUCAUGGUCAACAUAAAUCCGGGUUCCUCCAUGGUUUUCUCUGGUUCACCUUCUUUGUACCACCUCUGAAGAUCAGUGUUCUGGCUCAUCUGUCUAACCACCUUAGUUGUCAUAAAGUUCUGGUUGAUCUAUUUCAUCAACUCAGUUGAGGAGGAAUUGAAAGCUCCUGUUUCUAACAGUUAAUGAAACAAAUAUUUUAGGCAACAUGUCUUUUUGUGGAGCAGCAGGUUCGAACGGGACCCUGAUACGGUCUCAGGUCACUUAUUUUCAAGUUGUUGUUUAUUUGCUGGUUCUGAUUGCUCUUUGAGGUUCUGGGUCUCUGUUCUCUUGUAUGCAUCUGUUGUUGUUUGGAAAAACCCAAAUCACCAGUCAUGGUUCUGUUUGACUUUCUCCUAAACUCUAAAUGUUCUAAGAAUAAAAUGUUCUAGUCACAACUCUA